AUGUCAUCUUACUUCUGCAUGAACUGGAUUCUUCUGAUCCUCUUUACAGGCCCCACAGUAUCGGGAUCACUUGUGAAAGGAAGGGUUGGCCAGAAUAUCACUGUGCCCUGCUCUUACACUGUUAAUAGGAUACAAGACAUUACAUCGAUGUGCUGGGGUCGUGACAGCUGCCCUGUUUCAAAAUGUUAUCGGACCAUUAUCUGGACAGACGGAUGGAAGGUGACAGAGCGGUACAACAGCAGGUAUAUGUUGAAAGGGAACCUGCUAAGGGGCGACGUGUCCCUCACGAUCGUGAACGCCGAGGAAGCAGACAGUGGGAUAUACUGCUGCCGCGUGGAGAUCGCAGGGUGGUUCAAUGAUCAGACGAGUAAUCACAAGGUUGUGAUAGAGAAAGCUAGGAUCUCUACUGCAAGUCCUCACACUUACACCUCUGAACAGACCUCAGCUCAAGGGAGCACCAGUGAAUCAUCCUUUACCAUCACAAGAACGUGGCCGUCGGUUUCUGCUUCGGAAGCUCCUCAGACCGCCUCUGGUCCCUGCUCAAGCACCUCAGACUGCUCGGAUGUAACUGCAAACGUGCAGAAUGUGUCUGUAUCGCUUCCCAGUCAGCAGUAUUCAGAAAACAGCCUAUACAUCGGGAUUGGUUUAUGUGCAGUACUUCUAGCCAUCCUUAUUUUGGCUCUGUUCCUCGCUAGACAAUAUUUAUACAAUACGAAGAAGACGGGUGACUUUGCAAACUUUGUUGCAUUUUGGAGGCCAGAAGCUGCAGGGAACCAUAGUGCCCUGGAAGAUGAGAUCCAUGCAGAGGAAAACGUAGGAAAGAAGCAGUUGUGGUACAUAAAAUCUGGAAAUGGAGAAACGAGACUUCAGUGGCGCUCACUCAGCAUCUCUGGAAAGCGUAAGAUCCAGUUUUCUCUCCUUCCACUCGCUGCCCUGGAGUCUCCAUCAGCUAAAAUGUCCCAUUUUGUGCUGUUUCACUGGAUUAUGAUACAGAUCCUUAUAGCGCACACCGCAUCCGAAGCCGUUGUUAGAGGAGUAAUAGGGCAACCUGUUCAGUUGCCUUGCUUCUACCAGGUGUCACGACAGAAGGACAUCUCCGAUAUGUGCUGGGGCAGAGGUCCCUGCCCAAAUUCAAAGUGCAGUAAUAAAAUUUUGCACACCACUGGGAAUAGGGUGACGUUCAGAAAAUCUCAGAGAUACAGUCUCCGGGGCUAUAUUUCCUAUGGAGAUGUGUCUCUCACGAUUGGGAAAGUGAAGGCAGAAGAUGCAGGUAUAUACUGCUGCCGCGUAGAGAUCCCAGGUUGGUUCAAUGACAUCAAAAGGAACAUGCGGCUGGAGGUGGUCAGAGCCCCUCCAGUGAUGACAACCACCACAAGAAAGGCUCCUGUUUCCCCCAAACAUUUUAGAAAAACAACUCUUGCUCCCAAAGCAACCUCUGAUCAUCAAACAACAGCAGAGACUGCUGUCCUCCUGACAACCACCAUCCCCAAAGCAACAACUGAAACCAGUGAUCAUCAAACAACAGCAGAGACUGCUGUCCUCCUGACAACCACCAUCCCCAAAGCAACAACUGAAACCAGUGAUCAUCAAACAACAGCAGAGACUGCUGUCCUCCUGACAACCACCGUCCCCGAAGCAACAAUUGCAACCACCGAGUCUCCAGCAGUAAUUACACUGGAGACCAUUGAUCCCCCAACAUUUGCUGUCACAGAAAAUUAUACUAUUCCAGCAACUGUGAAGACAACCAGUGCUCUCCCAGAUUUUCCAACUGAUUUCCAAGAAGCUGACAUGAAGACUGAAGACGACGAUGUGUUCUGCACAGCAGAGUCUGUCCCUCUUCCUGGAGUGACUACCAAAUUGCCAAGUACACUUCCGACUGCAGAGGGAACUAAAAGUGCUCACACUUCUCUCACGGUGGAAGGCAUGCCAACUACAGCGAGUUCAGACAGCAAUGCUGAGAAACGUGAUGUUAACAGAGAUAAGUUUCCCAGCUAUGCCAUCCUCAUUGCCUGUCUCCUAGCGGUGUCCAUUCUUUUCAUAUUGAUGCUCUCGUUGUUGUUUUGGAAACGUAAACACACAAAGAAGUUUAUGAUUAAAAGCCUUGGACGAGCGGAAGACCUUGAAAAAGUUUUUAGUGGCGCUGAAGGAGAAAACAGCGUUUUUUCCCUAUGA